GAGUCAGCAUCAAGGAGAGAGAAAGAAAGAGCGAGAAAAAAAGUGUCCAGUUUCAGAUUUACAGUGGUAGUGGGCGAGAUUUGGCCGAGCUCUUACAGCACACUGAGGACACAUUCAGAGGAGGAGCAGGAAGACAGAUUUACAUGGUGAGAACAGCUAUGGCUGCUCUGGAGCUGCACACUGUACACAUUCUGUCCUGUGGUGAUCAAAGCUAAUAAAUGACAGCCACUUCAGUGUAAAAAUACACACAAAAAUCUAUUUUUUUUUAUCCGCUUCAAUCAUGUGACAUUAAUGAAACUGUCUUUCCCAACCCACAGGAGCUGCUUCUUCCAAGCUGCCUACUCACAUUUACUGUGGUAUUAUGGUGAUUAAUGCGCCCAAAAUCCAAUUUUUGUCAUGCAAUAUAGGAUAAUGCAUAUGCCAUUUAUAAACUGAAGUGCUGUAUUUGGAUAACUGGGGCUCAGAUUCUAAACUAAAACCAGCUUUGAACGCUUUCCGACAAGCGUUCGGUUUCACACUGGGUUUGUAUGUCAAACCUCCACUGUUUACAUCCAUAAACAUUUAGUCGCACCGCAAACCAUCAUUAAUUUCACUCUGUGUAACCAGUAAUAACAGAGCAGAGCAGGAAAUGGGCCAUUAUGAGUGUCUGUGUGAAGGUCUGUCCUCCUGACUCAAACUAAAUUGGGAUAAACCCCCGUAGGUGUGUGUAUGUGUGUGUGUUUGUGUGCCUCUUUUGGGGUUUUACUCCUUAUUUAAGACCAAUAUUUACUAAGCAGCCCCAGGGUGAGAUUACCUCAUAUUCUCCCGCCCAGCUGUGCUUUCUCAGCGUUUCCACGACAACUGCCGGAAUGUCCCAUCAUGUUUAUCCGCCUGCCAGGAAAACACAGAGCGAGAGGAAGAAGAAGCAGCAGAGGAAGAUGGAGAAGAUACACUGAGGUUGGUGAGUGUAUACACAGCAGACGCUCAUACAUUCACACUCUUCAGUGUAUGGAAUAGUCAGCUCAGGAAUGCAUUAGGCUCUUCAAAUAGAAAAAAGACAAAGAGUUGGUGAUGUUUUCUUGGUGUAAGUGGGUCAGAACCAGCAGCACAGUCAACAACACAAUGGAAGUUUAUGAGUAUCACUGUCACACUAUGGUGUUUUAUCAUAUAUUACGUCAAAAUGUCCACUUUGCAGAAAACUAUAACACUGGCGCAUCCACAUCAUUUCAGACCUGCCAAUUGUUUGAAGAAAUGCAAGUCUUAGCGCCAGAGGUGCUGCUUUGGGCUCCACCAUCACCCCAAACUUCCCAAAAAGAACAAACCAAAAUAAUGUCCUCCUUUAUGGGAUUAAUAGGAUCAGUUACAUAAUCCAAAAAUAAAAUUUUUUUCAUGCCUCUGGAAUAAUUCGUAGGCAAGUGAGCGGACUGUAAAGCCACCAACUUUUUACAAACUGAAUUCAGCAACAUCCAGAGCUCCACUUAUCACCACAGAAGGUCCUAUCUCAUGUAUUAAAGGCAAUUCAGUUAUCAUGCAGAUUAACCUUUUGUGGUCAUCCUGAGGUCAAAUUAAAUUCAAGUAAAAAAAGAAAACAUUAGUGGUGUUCAGUGUAAUCAUGUAACGACAUAACCUCAACAUAAGACAAGUUUUUCCAAAUGCUGUGAACUCUUCCUAGUUUGUUGGGCACAGUGAUGAGCUGUGCAUGAGCUUUGACACUUUUCCAUGAGGCAUCAUUAUCAUUAAGUUAUAGCAGUGAAAUGUGCAAAAACACUCCAACACUGGCCCUGUCACAUUGCUUUUAGAUGACCUGUUAUGUGUAAAACAAGAACAUGAUGGUAAAACCACUCAGCAGUUUUUGUAAUUAUAGUGAUCAGGCACUCUUUAGAGGAUUACAGUCCACAGUUGUACCAGUGGCUCUCCCUGCAGUGUGGACACUGUCCUGCCAUGGGAACGGACAGUUAUUUGCUUUAAUUUGCAACAGAAAAGCUUGUGGUGUGUAGUGACUGUUAGGGAAUGUUCUAUUUGGUCUUCCCCUGGCCGGUUUAAGUGAUAAAAGUGUCAUUAUUUAGCCUCUGAGGCAGAGGGGAGAGUGCAAACAAGACUGUAUGACCCUCUGUCAAGGGCCUCCGUUCUUCAGCAGCUCAUUAAGGGCCUCCAGAAAGACAGCACAUCAAUUGGCAGGACCCUCCGGCUUCCUCUCGGCCUUUUAAGCCUCACUAAACCCACUCACCGGCCGACCAACGGCAGAAAUGGACUCAAUUUAAAGCUGGAGGGAACAUGAAAGAUGUCGCGCUGCGAGGUGGUAUUGGCGACUUAUUAAAACAGCAGGAACAGGUCCUUGGAUUUGAGCCAAAUAGGAUCUCACCCUGUUGUGCACUGACCGGAUUUGGAGAAAGUUGGAUUUACGUGUUGGGAUGCUCUUCUGCUUUGGCCCUGUGUCUGGUGAGUGGUUUUAGCCACUCUAAAGGCUGUGAUUGGACUCAAUUUUUGCGCUUGACUGAACACCAGACGUAUAAAAGUGAUAUAUUCUGCCUGAAGCUGCAGUUGGGGACUGAAUAUGGAGAUGCAAGGCCGCUUAGUGGACUCCACCUUAAUCAACUUUGUCAGUGAUAUGAACCUGAUGGAGUUUCCACCAAAGUAUGCUUUAGCACCGAAACAGCAGGUGGAUGAAACCCCAACCAGGCCGAGCAACCAGACGCGGCUGAACGACUCUUCCUGGAGCAGAGACCUGGAAGACGGUGUGAGCACCAAGCAUCUGAUGAUGGGUUCACCGAGGUACUACGGGACGCACGGACACACCAGGUCCAAACGGAGGAGGAUCAUCACCGUGGUCCAGCGACAGGCGGCCAAUGUGCGGGAAAGAAAGCGGAUGUUUAGCCUGAAUGAGGCGUUUGAUGAACUGAGGAGAAAAGUUCCCACAUUCGCCUAUGAGAAGAGACUCUCUCGUAUCGAGACCCUGCGCCUCGCCAUCGUCUACAUCUCCUUCAUGACGGACCUGCUGGAGAACACCUGAGACGAAAGGGUACAAAAUCCGUAAAGACUGAACCGAACUGGAUUGUUUCAGCAAUAACAUAACAUAACAGAUUAGAAUGACCUUCAGUAGCUAUUCAUUGUUUUCAUUCAAACUGCAUACUUUUUACGCAAAUUAGAUCACAAAACUGAAAUUUUUAAAGAAACGUUUGGGACUCUACACAGCUUUGGUGGGAAAGCUAUCGCUAAAUCAGUGACAACUUGAUAUUAUCGUAUUUAUUUGGUCUGACACAAACAAGCCCAGAGCCCCACCUGCAGAUAUUUCAUUUAAUAUAUGUGACUUAUUCAUUCCUAAAAUAAACGUAAAUUUUGAGGCUAUGUAUGUGGUAUUUGCUUGGCAAUAUAAUUUCCAAUUAAAUAGCAUUAAAUUAAA